AACGCUGUCCUGACUCCUGCGGUGACUAUUUCUCUACGUCUCUCUCUCUCUCUCACUCUCUCUCUCUCUCGUUUUCUCUCUCUUUCUCUCAGUGUUCAGCUUUAACCAGGAGCACCAGCCUGGAUGAUUUUCUGGAUGUUUCCAUCCGUCCCUCAAGGCUGAAGCAGUUGGACCUUCAGCUGGACACUGACCGACCCCCGUUCUCGGCCUUCAGGAAGGAGGAGAUAUGUUUGCCUAGGCUCUGUUACUUUAAGAAGCGAGGUGAGGACCAUGAGGGUACCCUGAGGGACUUCUGGACUUCAGGACUUCUAGACUUCAGGACUUCUGAGCAGCACUAGGAUGCCUGUGCACCAGAUUUCUGUGGUACCUGCAAGUAAAGAGACCACCGGUACCAGCCGCAGUACCAGCAGAACCAGAGAUAAGAGUAAAGAGAAUGAGGUUGAGAAAGCACCUGGCCGAUCAGGGAGUCGAUCUAGCAACAUUUCUAAGGCGAGCAGCUCCGCCCAGGCGGCGGUACUAAACGGUGCCCCUCGGACAUCGGCCACUCCCUCCUGUCAGGAUAUCUGCAGUACUUCCGCUCCAGUCAAGACUAAAAAGGAUGGCUCAGGUCAGGCCGCCAUGCCAGUAAACCACGCCUCCGAUUCGGUACCCGUCGGCAGGCGGCAGGUGAAGCGCCGCCACCGUCGGCGGCGGGAGUGUAGCGGUGGGGGAGGGGCGGCGGGUUGCGUUGGGGAGUGCGUAGACCAGUCGAAACGCUCGCGAGCGCAAACGCACGGACAAACGCACUCAAACUCGUCUUCGGACGAUGACCUGCAGCGUUGGAGGGAAGCUCGCUCAUGGAGCCGCGAGAAGGCUCGGCGCCGGCGCAGCAGCGGCCGCAGCAUUCCCAAACUCACGACGGAAAAGGACGGCAUGGAGCUCGUCCCCUUGGACGCGGACGAGGGACAGAAAGAGAACCGCUCACCUCGGAUCGGAGGACCCUCCCUCAAGAGCCGCAAGAGGUCGUCUGUGAAGAGGGAAGAGCCGGAGGCCAAGGCGACGAGUCAUGUCAGGGCGAGUGGGUGUGGCAGUGGGAGGGCCAGUGAGGAGGAGGAGGAGCAGCAGCAGCCAAUCACAAAGUCGUAUGAAGAGGAAGGGGCGGGGGACGCCAACAUGGACGCACCAACCGCUCAGAAAUACGCAAACGUGGCCGAUCAAAACGGCACCACUCAGCAAGCGUGCAGUGACGAUGAGCUGGAGGUGUGCAGGAUCUGCCACUGCGAGGGCGACGAGGACUGUCCGCUCAUCACUCCGUGCAGAUGUACGGGAAGUUUGCGCUUCGUGCACCAGGCCUGCCUGCACCAGUGGAUCAAAAGCUCAGACACGCGAUGCUGCGAGCUCUGCAAAUACGACUUCAUCAUGGAGACGCACCUCAAACCCCUGCGCAAGUGGGAGAAGCUGCAGAUGUCCACCAGUGAGCGCAGGAAGAUCUUCUGCUCGGUGACUUUUCAUCUGGUAGCGGUGGUGUGUGUUAUCUGGUCGCUGUACAUCCUCAUCAACCGCACUGCUGAGGAGCUACGGCUGGGCAAGACCAACAAUGCGUUGCUGCGUUUGUCCCCUCUCAAUGCCGUAGGGGUGCUGGAGUGGCCGUUCUGGACCAAGCUCAUCGUCGUGGCCAUCGGCUUCACCGGCGGCCUCAUCUUCAUGUACAUCCAGUGCAAAGUCUACCUGCAGCUGUGGAGGCGGCUGAAGGCCUUCAAUCGCGUCAUCUUUGUGCAGAACUGCCCCGACUCUGCCCGCAUCACUGACGAGAAGGCCCCGCCCCCUCCGGUCACCCACAGCAACGGCAGGCACGAGCCUCCGCCUGUCCCCGCCCCCCAGAUGCAGACGCAAACGAACACUUCAUGCCUCGCCCCGUCAGGAAGUGCAGAGGUGGCGCCAGUGUGAGGAACUGAAGUGGACUGGGGUGGUGGGGAAGUGCAGAGCUGCCUCCUGUCCUUUUCCCAGAAUUGGAGGCAGGACUUUUGGACAACUGUGUUCACUGUUCACAACUUAGUGUGCACUACAGCUGAAGAGCAUUCUUCGUAGUGUCCGACUGGCAGUGUCUAAGUAAAGGGGCUGGUCGCAGUUGGGAAACUACAAGCUAAAGAAUCAUUUCUCACAGUUACCCAGUCAAUUCAAUAGGGAAUAGUAAGGUUAAACUGUAAUAAUUUCCCUAUUAAUGCUUCAGACUUCGGACGCAAGCAAAUGUGCAAGUUUGAAAAUGGUUGGGGAAAAAUGGGAGGGGAUGAUCCCAGAGGUUAUACAUCAGUUAUCCAGGUCUAGACUAACUGACAUUCCUAGAAAUCUUCUCCGUGCUUUGGGUGGGUAAGCACUGUCCUGCGGAAAAAUGGCAUUUGGAAUCCCUACCAUGGGACGCAACACAUUACAGGUUACAGGAUGUCUCUUGUAUCAGUACUAGCGGUGACCAACUGUAGUAUGCGAUGAUGUAUGCACCCCAGGUAAUCCCACCUACGACACCAGUCGAUAAAUUAGGCUACAAGAAUUAUGUCUAAAUCACUUUCCUCUAAUCUAAUAGAAUUUAUCAUGGUUUAAGAAAAUAUCAGGCAUCGAGUCGGGCCAAGGCUCGGGCAAAGAAUCUAAACUCUUAACACCUGUAUAGGAAUCAAGCGUAGUUCUGGACUGGUUCUGAAUUUUUCUUUACAGUGUGAACUUUUCAGUCCACAUAAUGUGUAGUCCAGGGCUAGGCUUAAUCCCUGCAGAAACUGACCAUAUAUCACUAUGCCAAAAGUUUUCACUCUUCGUACACUUAUGAAAUUGGGUGACACCCCAUUGUUAAUGUACAGGGUUUAAAUUUAUGUUGGCCUGCCUUUUUUUACAGCUAUAACGGCUCUUUCUGAAAAGGCCUUCCACAAGGUUUAGGAGUGUGUUUAUGGGAAUGUCAGACACUGAUGUUACACAAGAAGUCCUGGUACACAGUAUCCUCUCCAAUUCAUCCUAAAGGUUUUUUUUUAUCAGGUUGACAUCAAGACUCUGUGCAGGCCAGUCAAGUUCUUCCUCUACACCAAAAUCGCUCAUCUUUGUCCUUAUGGAGCUUGUUAUGGGCACUGGUGCAUGCUGGUCAUUUUGGAAAUGGAAGGGGCCGUCCCCAAACUGUUGCCGCAAAGUUGGGAGAAUGCUGAAGCAUUAAAGGUUCCUUUCACUGGAAUUAAGAGGUUACAAGCCCAACUCUUUUUAAAAAACAACCCCAAACCAUCAUAAUAAUUAUCCCCCCUCUACCAAACCUUGAAGCAUUAAAGGUUCCUUUCACUGGAAUUAAAAGGCUAAAAGCCCAACUCUUCAAAAAAACAACCCCAAACCAUCAUAAUAAUGAUCCCCCCUCUACCAAACUUUGCACACUUGGCUCAAUGCAGACUCAUCCGUUAGAUUUCAGUCCAGUGGCUUUAUAUUAACGAUUUGAGCUAUAUAGUGUAUUACAUUAUAAAGCCAAAUAGAAUGCUCAAUCAUCAUUUUUAUUAUAUAUUUUCCAUUGUGUACAAUACAGAACAUAUUUAUACAGCAUUAAACAUUCAACAGAACCUCACUAAAGUCCUUGCACUUUUCAAAAUAAGGGUGCUUCAAUGGUUUGUUAGGCAAUGCCAUAGAAGAACCACUUUUGUUUUCAUGAAAAAAAACGUUAAUAAAAGAAAAAAAAGCAAGUGUGAAGAACCUUUUAAAGGUAUAAAACAGGGGUUUCAGACCUGGUUGAACCAAUGGAAUCAGGUGAGCUGCUGUAGGGUUUAGACAUCCAACAUGGACAGGUUUGAGCCCCCUGACCUACAGUGUGUCAUUUAAACUCCUUUAUACACUACCGGUCAAAAGUUUAAGAACACACCUAUUUUUCACCCGUUAUUUUAAACAUUUAAAUUGUUCAGGUCCAGUCAAUAAACAAAUCAUUAGUUAAA